AUGUCCAUCUAUUUAGCAGUUCUCCUAGCUUUUAUGGUUCCACCAAACAAUGCAGGCGUGCACAUCGAUGAUCGUCGGUUGGCUCGAGCCGCGAAUGCCCUCCGGCGCCAAUUGGAGCAGCAACAGCUCGAUCAACUGCAGUAUCGUUCGCCGCUGUUGCACAGUUUGUUGGAUGUUCCUGUAGGCGCCAUGGACGAUGGUCUCACAAGCACCGACUACGCGAAAAGAGCUGACCCUCUCUCGAUCGUGAACCCACCCGAAUCUGUGCUCAACAAUCCUGCCGCUUUGCGAGACUACUUGCGGCAAGUGAACGAGUACUUUGCAAUCAUUGGACGACCGAGAUUUGGCUGA